AUGAAUCGGCCCUGGAUGAACACUAAUCUAAAACAGCUUAUAUCUCUUCGCCAAAAAGCUUUUACAUCUGGUAACAAUCCUCUCUACAAAAUUCUAAGAAACAAGGUCAACCAAGUAUGCAAACGCUGCAGAAAAUCCUACUACGUUAAUAAAGUUAAAGGUUUACGAAAUUCCAAGCCCCGUGACUGGUGGAGUGAAGUUAAACAGAUUUGCGGCGCCAGUAAAAUUCCAAAACGGGACCUAAUCUCAUUACUCCAUCCAAACCUUGUCUGUGAUAAGGAAUCUCUGGCUGAAAACAUCAAUUCGGCGUUUGUCAACAUAAUGAAUGAUUAUUUACCUCUGUCAGAUUGUAUACGUGUAGAAAUGGCUGAUGAUCGACCAAUAUCUGUCACUGAACACUCUGUCGCAAGAAAGCUUUUAGAGCUAAAUGCUUCUCGUGCCAGUGGUCCCGACAACCUCCCUAACUGGGUACUUAAAAAUUUUGCGUAUAUUCUAGCGGCCCCAAUUGCUGAUAUCCUAAAUACUUCGUUCUUGGAAUGUAAAGUUCCUGACGCAUGGAAACUUGCCAAUGUCUGUCCUCUGCCUAAGGCAUCUUCUAUCUGCAACAUCAAUGAGGAUUUAAGACCAAUCUCUCUAACACCCACCCUCUCAAAAGUUGCUGAGAGCUUCAUCAUAGACAUUGCGUUGAAACCUGUUCUACUACCUAUUAUCGACCCAGGCCAAUUUGGGUUCAUCCCAGGAUCGUCAACUACUCUAGCACUAAUCUCUAUGUUCCAUCAUUGGUUACGAGCUACUGACAGCACUGCAUCCACCGUAAGAACCAAACUUUUAGAUUUCCGCAAAGCUUUUGACCUUGUGGACCAUAAUAUUUUAGUCGCCAAACUGUUUAGUAUAGGCGUAAAACCCACGGCCGUCAAUUGGAUAAUUGAUUUCCUAAGACAUAGAAAGCAGAGGGUUAAACUAAAAAACAUCGUUUCCGAUUGGCUUGACGUCCCAGCAGGAGUGCCUCAAGGAACCCGUCUUGGUCCCUGGUUGUUUUUAGUACUAAUCAAUGAUCUUAAGCUACCUCAGGAAUCCUUACCUAUGUGGAAAUUCGCCGAUGAUUGCACAAUCUCUGAAGUGAUACCACCCUCCAAGCAAAGCUCUCUUCAGCAAGCUGUUGACUAUAUCGAUGCAUGGUCUCAAGAAAAUUGA